CUUGUAGUAGUAAAACAGUCAAAAGGCUGUUUUAAUUUGUCGAUAGAAGGGUAAAAAUAAAAAUAUGAAAUUGUGAUGAUGACAACGUUGGCUUAUUACAAGGGAAAAAGGAAACAAAGGUCAAAGGAGGGCAGUUGAGAUUUAAUGGCAGUAUAGGGGUAAUGAUUUUUGGUGAAGGCAGAUCAGAAACUCGUGAUAAAGAAUUUUCAUCUUUUCAUUCUCAAUCUCUCUGUAUUAUCAGUCCCUUCUUCAGGAAUUUACAGCUUCCUCUCGUGAUACUUUCUCUUUCUUUCUCCUAUUUAUUCAUUAACACUGCUUCCAUUGUUUCUUUAAACCUAGACACUUUCAACAAGAUUGAAUAUCAUCGCCCUUUUCUUUUUUUUUUUGAUCUUGUUUUUUAAAUUUCCUGCAAAUGGGUAGUUGUGGGAGGGGUGGAACGGUGAGGCAGUAUAUAAGAUCAAAGGUGCCUCGUUUGAGAUGGACUCCUGAGCUUCAUCACUGUUUUGUUCACGCCAUUGAGAGACUUGGUGGCCAUGAAAAAGCUACUCCUAAACUUGUUCUUCAGUUGAUGGAUGUGAAAGGACUCACCAUUUCACAUGUCAAAAGCCAUCUUCAGAUGUAUAGAAGCAUGAGGAGUGAUCUGGGAAGACAAGAUAAGAGUUCCACUCAACAAAGGAGACAAUCUUUUGAACACCAUGAUGGGUGUGUUGAUGAAGAAAAUGAUAUGGGUUUUCAGCACCCAUCUUCAGAACCAAUUAAAGAGUCAGAUUCUUCACGCAUCUACACUUCUCAACCUUCAAAAAGAACUAGAACCGAGACGAGGAGUUCAAUCUCUGACCAGAAUCUGCAACAAGGCAGCAAAGGGAUAUGUGAAACUGUCGCAACUCCGUACCCCUUUGAUGAUUUUCUUCUGCACAAGGGAAUAAAGGAGGCUUAUGGUGCUCCACCACUUCAUAUUUGCAACGUAAACUCUUUCAAAUAUGCUUUGCCAGAAUCUCAUUUCCUCAAGGUUGAUAAGAUAAAGGAUUUCAAUACCUCACAUGGAAACAAAGCAAGGGGAAGAGUAGACAACAAAGAAGAUGGCGAUUACGAGUUAUCCUUGUCACUGUCAUUGCCAUCACAGGGAAGUAAUGGAUCUUCAACAAGCGAGAUGAGCGAGGCAGUUUCAUACUCUAGGUCUAAUUUUAAAGAGUGCUUGGGUUCAUCUACCAGGAGAUAUAAUAUUAACCUAGAUCUAUCCAUUGCCCUCUGCGGCACUUAGUCGAUAUUACUGUAAAAUUAUUCUUUUUCUUAUGAAUUAAGUUCAUCUUCCUUUUUUUCAUUAUUGAUUUUCCUUGGUUUUUUGGGUCCUUAAUUAGUUCUUGAGCUCCAGAUUUUGAUUCCAAGUGUAUAACCCUGUAAAAGAUAUUGCAUACUUUUUGGUAAAAACGUGAAUUAUUCAAGUUUAA